AUGACUUCACUGUUGAGGAAACUGAAUGACGACCUGAUCGAUGAGCCCCCUGACCUUCACAGCAAGUGUUGGCUUCAGGGCCUCGCGGGGUGGCUGGUGGUUAUCGGACUUGUCUACGGAAUCGUCUUCAACUGCUUCAGCUGGGCCAGGGCGUACACACAUCCCUUCGCCAAAGUUAACUUCGAGGCUUUCCGAGACUUUGGCGACUUCUCCGACGUUGGUAUCAAGCCCAUAGAGUACGCAAGUUUAGCUGCCGCCCUUCUCUACGUCAUGGCCUUCGAAGAACAGAAGAGUGCGGAAAUCGGCAGGCUCAUCCGGAACUCGUCGUUCAACCUGACCAACGUCACCUCAUCCCUACAGUCAUUCGCCUGCACUUGGGAGACCGGUUCCUGCCAGCUGGGCUCAACACGCUUACUCAACUCUGCUUGUUACAUGGGAACAGCAACAGGGCAGCUGGUUGCAUGCCCAGCGCUAGCCCUGGAUCGGCCCAACGCUACGGGUACCUUCGACGGUGUUCUCGGACAACUGUGCGGACCUCGAAGUAUCUUUGCUGUUAACGACGGGCUCCUCCCUGAGCCUUCAACCCAUUGCGUCCAGUGCGAUGCUGUUGCCGCUCAGCUCGGUAUAUUCGAUGCGGAUAUCGUAGCUGCUGCCUGUGGCUGUUUGGCGAGCGUUGGCGACUUCUUUACGAUCUACGGCUACAACUACUUCUUUACAAUGUUCAUUAUAGGAGUUGUUGGGAUCUUCCUCGUUUUUUCUGCAAUUAUUGUGUCGUACGGAGGUUGGCACUUCCACGAAUGGUUCCGAGAGGCCUCUGAUGUCAGUGAGUUGUCCGGUGAAUUCUGA